AUGUUGCUACAAACAAAUGUGUCGCUCGCAGGGUUUGUUUGCAUACGAAUGGCUAGCAAGUAUUCUAGCAGUCUUGCCCUACAGCUACACAACUUUAAAGAGGCAGCGCUGAUGAACGAGUACACUUCGUUGAAAAACCUCGUUGAUGAGCUCAAUAAGGAAGUUGCCAAAUUCGAGCAGUUCAAGAAAGAACAAGAUGAACUUGAGCAGAAACUGCUCGCCAAGGAAGCAGAACUAGCCGAAAAAAGUGCUCGUCUAGCGGCAGCAGAGACUGAAAAACAGGUUUUGGUAGUCCAAGGGAACGGGAGGAGUGCUGAGUUGGAAGUUGAGAAUGCUGAACUUCGGAAAAAGUUGGCCGAAUUAGAAGAUAAAUUGACUGACGCGAAAAAGGCACAGUCUGACGCGCUUGCCGAACUGGCUGCUGCUCGUGAGCAGGCAAAUGAGGAGUUGGAAGUUGAGAAUGCUGAACUUCGGAAAAAGUUGGCCGAAUUAGAAGAUAAAUUGACUGACGCGAAAAAGGCACAGUCUGACGCGCUUGCCGAACUGGCUGCUGCUCGUGAGCAGGCAAAUGAGGAGAUUGUGGUAUUGAAGAGGUCUCAGCCUGUUGACGCUGCAAAUGUCAAGAGUACGAACGAAAACGAUGAAGAGGUUGUAAGCCUUCGUGCUGAGAACAAUCGAUUGCAGCAGAAAAAUGAGGAGCUUCGUAAACGCAAUUUUAAAAUACUGGACGAUGUUGCGAAUUUGGAAAAGCAACUUCGUGAGAGGAUUUCGUCGGAUUCUGCUGCAAAACCUAGCCCUAAUAAGAGUUAUGUCGACUACGUUAAAGGGCUAGCAAAGUCUCUCAAGACCGCGCUCAGUGAAGCUAGGAUUAGCCACGAGGAGAACGAAACAAGUUCCUCAAAUAGCGGUACACAAGCUGAGUUGGAGAACUACAGAAGUGCUUUUCAUAGUCUGUCAUUGCUCCUGGCGCAGAUUGAGAUGGGUGUCAAUGAGCGAGAGUCGUUUUACAAGGACAAAGUUGCUCAACUGGAGAGUGAACUAGACAAAGCUGCGUACCUGAUGGAGAGCAAUAUCCAGCAAAUCCAGGCCCUACGCAAGUGUCUCGGCCAACCAGAAGAGGGAAAAGAGAUAGCUUCAUCGAGAAGCGGCACAAUGAAGAGUGACGAGUCGGACUGGGAAGUCGUCAGUCGUUGA